AUGUCUUCCACUCCGCGACUUCAGUGCGCCGAUGUCGACCCUAGUCCCCUGGGGCAGCCUCUCCAAUUUGCAUUCUCCGGCCGUACGGUGCCAAACCGCUUUUUGAAAGGUGCCAUGAGUGAACGUCUUGCUUCAUUCUCUCUCGGCGAUCUUAAUGCGCGGGGUGUCCCUUCUCCUGCAUUGAUUCAGGCCUACAGGAGUUGGGGCGAAGCGCAAAUAGGAAUCAACCUGACAGGAAAUGUCAUGAUCGAUCCUGGCCACCUAGAGGCGGCGGGAAACCCAGUGAUUCCGCAACAUGCAGAGUUCUCGGGUGAGCGUUUCGAACGUUUUCAGGAACUCGCAACAGCUGGAAAGGCCAAGGGGUGUCUCAUCAUUGCUCAGGUUGGACAUCCGGGUCGUCAGACUGCCGAGUAUCUCCAGCCGCAUCCAAUCAGUGCCAGUGAUGUGCAGCUCAACGGCGACCAUAUGGGCAUCGCAUUCGCAAAGCCCCGUGCCGCGACGCAAGAAGACAUUGCCAACAUCGUCGAUAGCUUUGCUCACGCGGCUGAAUACCUUGACAAGGCUGGCUUUGACGGUAUCCAGCUUCACGGAGCUCAUGGCUAUCUACUCAGCCAGUUCUUGUCCCCUACAACCAACCUACGAACUGAUCAGUACGGGGGUAAUCUAAAGAACCGAAUGAGGUUGAUCUUGGAGGUCAGAGACGAGAUCGCCAAGAGAGUUCGCAAGAACUUUGUGGUCGGUAUCAAAAUAAACAGUGUUGAGUUCCAAGAGAAGGGCUUCCAGCCCGACGAAGCUAAAGAGCUUUGCCAGGCUCUCGAGGAGCACGCUUUCGACUUUGUCGAGCUGUCUGGUGGCACGUACGAAAACUGGCCCUUGGCCAACCAGAAGCGGGAGUCAACUCUGGAGCGGGAAGCAUUUUUCUUGGAGUUCGCCAAGCUUAUCGUUCCUGGGUUGACCAAGACCAAAACCUACGUGACAGGCGGCCUGAAGACUGUUGAGGGCAUGGUCAAGGCGCUGGACACUGUCGAUGGAGUCGGACUUGGUCGCGCUCUCUGCCAAGAACCGAACCUUUGUGCGCUUAUCCUGUCCGGGCAGGUCAAGGGAGCCAUGCUCCAAAAACUGAAUAUGCUAGACUUUGGUGCUACAGCUGGUGCGGCUGGCCUUCAGAUCUCACAGAUGGGCAAGGGAUUGCAGCCCGUGGAUCUCUCCAUAGAAGAAAACGUGGCAAAGGUUUUCAGCACUUUCGGUGUCUGGGCUGCUGCGAAAAAGGAGAAUUUAGAGAUGUAUGAAUUCCCCGUCCUGCCUGGUUAUGAUAUCCCCUAUGCUACCGCGGUCCUAUGA